GUUGAAGAGUUGGAGGAGGAGUGAUGAAGAGUUAGAGUGAUGAAGUGAGAGGAGUGUUGAAGAGUUGGAGGAGUGAUGAAGAGUUAGAGGAGUGAUGAAGAGUUAGAGGAGUGAUGAAGUGGGAGAGGAGUGAUGACGAGUUGGAGGAGUGAUGAAGAGUUUGAGGAGUGAUGAAGAGUUUGAGGAGGAUUGAUGAAGUGAGAGGAGGGGUGAUGAAGAGUUGGAGGAGUGAUGAAGAGUUUGAGGAGUGAUGAAGAGUUUGAGGAGGAUUGAUGAAGUGAGAGGAGGGGUGAUGAAGAGUUGGAGGAGUGAUGAAGAGUUAGAGGAGUGAUGAAGAGUUUGAGGAGGAGUGAUGAAGUGAGAGGAGGGGUGAUGAAGAGUGAGAGGAGGAGUGAUGAAGAGUUAGAGGAGUGAUGAAGUGAGAGGAGUGUUGAAGAGUUGGAGGAGGGAUGAAGAGUGUCUGUAAACAUAUUUUAAAUCACAAACCUUUAAUACAUGUUUAAAAUAAUACAUUUUAUUUUCCUCUUUUAAUCACUUAUUAUAAUAUUAUGAUUAUUAUCCGAUGUGAGGAAACAGUUUGUCAUUGUGACUUGCAGACACAAUAAAUCAUAUCAGAACAGAGAACUGAUGCAGUGAACUUAUUAUCGCUGCUGAUUAAUGAAACAUUAACUUCUUGUUUCAUACAAAACGAAAGUGAAAGAGUUGAGAGAAGAGGAGGAGAAACGACAGAGGGGUCACUCGGACCGAGGAGCAGCGACGUGGCAACAAGUCAACUGCAGACAGCGAUCAUGAGCCUCCAGGUGUGUCACUGCGGCUGGAACAAGGUGACGAGCUACCAGGGCCUGAGGAUUCACCAGGGGAAGAAGGGCUGCACGCCGAGGGGGGCCAGGGUCCCGGAGGGCGAGCGCCUGGUGGCUCCGCCCCCUCACAUCACCUUCAUGAGUCCUGCUUUAAUAAACCUGCAGGAGCCUGUGAUGACCUCGUCUGACUGGUCCAGCUGGAGAGAGCUGGGGUCGGAGCUGCGUGACGUCAGUCGUCCGGUCCAGCAGAAUGUGCCAGCGUCUCCAAACCUCUUCAGCCAAAUGAGACCUGCGGCCACAGAGGCCUCUUUGAUGGACAUGAUCAGAUCACUGGUAGAAGAGCCGCACUUCUCUGUGGAGCUCCGUGCGAGCUCGGACGCGACUCAGCAAGCCUUCGAUUUCCACACUGCUGCACAGCCGCUCUUCUCGCAGACCCUCGGCAACCAGAUUCAUCCUGCGGCCGCAGACGGCACAGCGACGGACACGAACAAACCACACUUCCAGACGCCGCCGCAGUUUCAUCAAACCGUUUCCCGCUCGGACAAAACUCGCCGAGCACUCGAUUUCAACACCGCUGCAGAGCCCCUCUUCCUGCCGGUGUCACAGACCCUCACCGUCCACGUCCAUCCUGCGGCCGCACACGACACGGUGAUACAGAGAGAUAAUCAGUUUCACCAAAGCCAGUGUUCCUCCGCAGACUUCCAGACGCCGCCGCCGUCUCACCACACCGCCGCGACCCGCCCGGACACCGCUCGGCGAGCGCUCCAUUUCUCCAGCGGUGCACAGCAGGUGCAGCAGACACCACGCGGGUCAAUAGAUCCGUUGAUGAGGGACAUGUUUCUAAAGGUGGGGUUCAUCAUGACUAUAAGAAUUGUUUCAAGCUUCGAUGAAAUGCUUUACUCCUUUCAGACGGAGCAACUGCUCUGGAGUCCUCCGACGACGACCAGCACUCAGGAGGCAGGAUGCUCGCUGAAGGAAAGGAAGGAAGAGGAGGAGGCUCAAACACUGCUGAAGGCAAAACAAGCCAGAAGAAGAGCCGAGGUGCAGCAGAGGAUUCAAAUCAGGGAACUCAAGAUGGCCGAAGUCAGAUUAUCUGUAAAAACCUGCAAGCUCAGCUUGGAUGCAGAGUGGCUACAGAUCAACGCCGCCUUCUCCGAGGUGAUGAGCGUCGUGGAGGACGCGCGGCAGAAAGCUCUUCGCCCCCUGGAGAAGAGGAGAGGAGAUGUGAAGAGACAAGCACACGACCUGGUCCAAAGGCUGGAACGAGAAAUCAAUCAACUCCAGACGACGAUGGACGAGUUGGACAGAAACCCGGCGCUGCAGGUGACGACCCGACGACCCGAUGACACAGGAACCUUCUUCUCUCUAGACUCAUUUCAAUCUGACAAUGUGACUUUUAAAAUCACACAGAUCUCUCGGGAAGAAUCUGCAGAUUGGAAAAAUGAACGUGUUGACACGUCACUCUCCUUCGGAACCUUGAGAACCACAACGUCGGCCAUGAUGGAACAGAUUCACCUGAGACUGGAAAAACUCUCCUCCGUCGAGCUCAAGAGAAUUCCCACAUUUGCAGUGGAUGUGAAGCUGAACCCGACCACAGCGCAUCAGUGUCUCGUCCUCUCUGACGAUGGGAAGAAAGUGCGAGACGGAGCAAAGACCCAGAAAGUCCCCGACACUCCGGAGAGGUUUGACGAGUUUGGCAGCGUCCUGGGGGUCAACAGCUUGACCUCUGGGAGGUCGUACUGGGAGGUGGAGGUCAGCAACAAGAGCGGCUGGGACCUGGGUGUGGCCAGAGCGGACGCCAACCGCAAGGGGAAGCUGUCGCUGAGCCCGGACGACGGCUACUGGGUGAUCGUCCACUACGAGGACGAGCGCUACGCGGCCCUGACGGCUCCGCCCGUCUGCCUUUCGCUGCGCGGGAAACCUCAGAAGGUCGGGGUGUUCGUGGACCGCCAGGAAGGUCUGGUGUCCCUGUACGACGUGACGGCUCGGUCACACGUGUUCUCGUUCACCGAGUGUUCGUUCAGGGGCGAGAUCUUCCCGUAUUUCAGUCCACAUCUUGAGAAAAAUGGUACAAACUCAGCUCCCCUGAUUAUCUCUGCUGUGAAACGGAAGUAGUGGUUAAUAAGUGUGUGUAAGUGUGUGUGUCUGUGUGUGUGUGUAAAUGUGUGUCUGUGUCAGCAGGACGUCUCAUGAAGCGUCGAAGCAUCUUGGAGCUGAAGAUGACGGCUUGUAUUUAGUUUUAAGGAGGUUGAUUAGGAGCUCAAUUGAUGAGUUAGAUCUUGAUCUUGAAAUAUUCUGUUAAAGGUUUCAGCUUUUUUUGUGUUGCUACAAAACAACACAAAUGUUUGCUUCCUUUGAUGCAUUUCAACAAAACAAAUGAUCUUUUGUCAAUGAUUGUGAUUGACAGAUGGUCUACGUGCAUCAGGGGCCACACUGGCAGCAGUGGAACCCACAGCCUUCAUCAUAUCGCUCUGUAUCGUGUGAGUCGCUGGACUGAGUGAAGUUUAAAUCUGUCGUGAUGUUGUUCACGAGCGAUGGAGCGAUGGUAGGUGGAGGGCGAAGAGGGUGAAGAGGGUGAAGAGGGUGACGAGGGUGAAGAGGGUGACGAGGGUGAAGAGGGUGAAGAGGG